AUGAGCAGUCAGGAACUUGUUGUAAAGCUUGCCUCCCUGAAGUCCAUCAUUCAGAGAAAUGAUCCAAAAUUCACCAGUAUCCAGAAUUGGAAUCAAGAGGAAUCUGGAUUAUCCCAAAUAACCACGCAAGAUACUCUGUCUAAUUACAUUAUAGGCAACUCUUUCCAACGGGAUGUUGAUAAUAAUAUAACAAAGUCUCAAGAUACUCAAUUUGAACGUCGAACCUCCGCUAGAAUAAAAGAAAAAAGGGCGAGAUCGGUUGAGCAGAUAAUUAUUCCAAGGACAAAAGCUGCCGAAAGUAAACGAGUUGUGCCUACGAAAAAAGUGAAACAGGAUAAAAAAGCAGGUAGACAAAAUCAAGUAGCUUUGGAAAAAUCGCAGCAACAACUGUCAAGGAUUAGACCAGUGGUUAAAAAUCUUUUUAGUGAUGCAAAUAAUAGUGAAGAGGUCAAAGACAUGGAACUUGAUUUGCGCAUAAGGGCAUAUCUAUCAGUUAUGAAAAUAGAAUCAUUAACUGAAUUGCUCGACAAUGAAUUUAGCGAGUACAAAGAACGAUCUGGACUGUCUAAUUAUGGCUACGUUGGAAAGGACCAAAUAAUUGACGAAAUUAUGAGAUUUCUAAACAGAAGGGCAAUUGAUCUAUAUUUCAGUCUAAAAUCAGACACGUUCUACAAUAGACAAAGAUAG